UGCAUAUCACAUUUGACUACGUAUAAACCUAGCUAGCUUUAUUUCUUGCACGAAAAAGUUUUUGUUGUUCGACAUGACAACCGCCCAAAAAUACUACGCCUUUUUUGUGCUUUUUCUGUUCCUGAACUCUAUUUUCAUUGCAACUGAAGCCCGUCCCUUCAAUGUCCUGGAGACUCGAAGCGCUGCUAAUCAUGGAGGUUGUGGGGGUUUCUUUGAUGGUUUGUCUCUCGGAGCAAUCAAGCAAUCGGGCCCGAGUCCUGGCGAUGGGCAUAAGUUUACACAACAGCAGACCCUUGGAGGAAUCAAGCAAUCGGGCCCGAGUCCUGGCGAUGGACACAAGUUUACACAACAGCAGACUCUUGGUGGAAUCAAGCAAUCUGGCCCCAGCCCUGGAGAUGGACACAAGUUUACAGAACAACAGACACUUGGUGGAGUCAAGGAAUCUGGCCCAAGCCCUGGUGAUGGACACAAGUUUACAGAAAAACAGACUCUUGGUGGAAUCAAGGAUUCUGGCCCAAGCCCUGGCCAGGGUCACAGCCAUGGCAAUGGCGUGCACCAGUGACGAUUGCUGCUUGAACCUGUUUAAGAAAGAUCAGUUUAAACGUUGAUUGCGUCACAAGAAGUUCUUUUUUUAUUGAUUCAUUUGUUUGUUGUGUACAAGCAAAGACCAGCUUUAAUUACUGUUUAGCACACAUCAUUUAUAUAUGGUUUAUUCACUUUAUUUUGUACUA